AACUUCCGCGUAAUGCAGCUAUUGAGAAAUCUGGAGAAACGAACCUUUUCUUUUUUUGCUUUUACAUACGGUUUAUCCCUCAACCAGAAUCGACCAUUUGUAAAUGAAUCACAACACCAUUUACCAACUGUUUGCUUCGACUUACCACACUGACCCAAAUAUACGAAAAGAAGCUGAAAUCACCGUUCGCAAUUAUGAACAACAGCCAGGAUUCUUGCCAAUGGUUCUGCAGUUACUAGCCACAGAAGAGGUAGAUCUAAAUACACGUCAAGCAGGUGCGGUUUAUUUAAAACAUCGCGUUCAAAAGAGAUGGAAUCCAACCAGGGAAGAAAAUGACACGGUGAUCCAUCCAGAGGAUAAGGCGAGCAUUCGGCAAAUGAUAUUUCAAGCCUUAUAUACUUCUCCACGGACGAUACAAGUCCAUUUGGCUUCUUCAUUGUAUAACAUGUUAAACGCUGAUUUUCCAUCGGAAUGGCCAACGUUUAUACAAGAAGUAAGCCAGUAUUUGACGGCGAACAACCAUUUAAGAAUGAUCCAUGUCGGUUUAAUUGCAUUGCACCAAGUCGUCAAAGUAUACCAAUACAAAUCCAUUGAACGUAGAGAUCCAUUGGAACAGAUCAUUGACUUGACCUUCCCCACGAUGCUGAUGAUUGGCCAAAAUUUGAUCCAACUGAAUACAACGGAAGCGGUUGAAAUGCUCACUUUAUGUCUCAAAAUCUAUCAUGCUAGUAUUCAAGUGGAGUUACCAGCUUGUUUGCAACACUUUCCAUCCUCACUUUCACCUUGGAUUACCUUAUUCUUGCAAAUUGUUGAUCAGAAGCUGCCUUAUAGUCUUGACCUAAGCGAAAAUAUCAGCGGUAAAGCGAUGACACAAGGACCACCACAUCAGCUGGACCAGCUUGAAUCUCUAUGGGCGCUUAAAAAGUGGGCCUAUCUUUGUUUGAACCGUUUAUUCGGCAAGUAUGGCAACCCUUCGCUGCAACCGCCUGAUCCUUCUUUUGCUCUUUCUUUUGUUGAACUGAUUGCACCGAGUAUUGUUCAAACCUAUUUACAGCAAUUAAACGAUUGGAUCCAGCAUUCACCACAGCCUGAACAGCAACAGCAUCACCACCACCACCACCACCCUACUAAAACAAUAAAAAAUCAAAAAGAUUGCUUGUCGCUGACAGCUGCCUUUUUUGAUGAUGCCAUCAAACAUAGAGUAACCUGGCAGUUGCUCAAAUCGCACAUGGAUGCGUUGAUUUCUCAAUUUCUGUUUCGACAGCUCUGCUUUUCUGAUGAGGAUGAACAAUUAUGGUCGAAACCUAUUGAGUACAUCCAUAAAGAGUUAGAUGAAGAAACACAAGAUAAUAUCAUCAAUUUAUUGGUUGAUCUCGCUAAUUAUCGCAAGACAUACACCUUCAUGCAUAUACUCGACAUUAUUCAGAACGUCAUGAAUGAACAAACCGCUCUAUCUGAGAAUCAACAACACAACGGAUACCUAAAAGAUGGCGCUUUACGCAUGUUUGGUGCGUUGGCAUCUGUUAUUUUGUCUGAUGAUGAAUCUGACGUUAUUGAGCAAAUAGAACCUUUCUUCAAAAACCACAUUUUCCCAGAAUUCACUAGCCAAUUCCCCUAUUUACGAGCUAGGGCAUGCCAGUUGAUCUAUCAGUUUGAUAACUUUGACUUUACAAGUGAAGAAAACCUUGGCAUCAUGUAUCAACAUGUUUUGAACUGUUUAAAGGACGAUGAAUUACCCGUCAAAGUAGCAGCUGCACGCGCUCUCCAAGCUCUGGUAAAAUAUGAAUAUGUUCAACAGGUUAUGAGAAGCCCUGAACUGCCGUUGAUCCUACGCGACAUCCUUGCUUUGACAAGUGAAGCUGAUGUUGACCUUCUCUCCACCGUCAUGCAAGAUCUCGUGGAAACAUUUCCCGUACAACUAACACCAUUUGCGAUAGAACUGUGUACUCAGUUAAGAGAUAUGUAUCUGCGCACUAUUGAAGAACUACUACAUCAUCAUCAGCAACUUCGACAACUACAGCAAAAUGAAAAAGAGGCACAAGUGUUCGCUUUACAAGUUGGAGACGACGAUGAGGACGUUUUUGACAUUGGAAAUAAUCAGGUGGCUGACGUUUGGAAUACCCGUAGAACAACGGCUGCUACGGGUAUUUUGAAAACGCUGUGUUCGUUGGUUCUUAGUAUAAACCAAAACACAGAAACUUCCUCUUCUGAACUAUUGAUGCAAUUGGAGACGAUCGUGGCGCCUGCUAUCUCUAACACCUUGAUGUGUAACAGCCCUAACAGCAACCGCACGGACUGUCAUGACAUUUCUGCAGUAGCAGAAUCCGGUUUCAUCGAGCUUUACGGCGAUCUCUUUGACCUCAUCGACGCUUGUACCUUUUCUCUGAAGGCGGUAACACCUACCAUGUGGUCUAUCUUUGUUGAUUGUAUAUACCCCGCUUUUAAAAACGAGCAAAACCAUCUUAAUAUGAAUGAUAUUUAUUCUGCGUUGGAAAAUUACCUUGUUUACGGUAAAGAGGUGGUAUCGUCGAAUGAGCAGGUGAAAAGUAUGCUUUUUGAUAUGAUUGCCGUCACAUUAAAGACGGAAGAAAGUGCGACUAAUAGAGAACCAGUAGAAGCAGUAGAAGAAAGUGAACGUACAUGCGCUUGCAAAUUGCUGGAAACAAUUUUGUUACGCUACCGUGGCGAUAUAUCCCUAGAAAGAUGCGUCGUUCCGAUACUAACCAUGGUUUUUCCAUAUAUUACCAAAGACCAAAUCAAGUCGAUAGAGUUCAAAGUGCAUUGUUUAGAAGUGGUUAUUAGUGCUAUGUACUAUAAUCCUUUGAUAACGUUGCAUUUCUUAGAAGAGCAUCAAUUAACACAAGGGUUUUUCAACGUCUGGUUCACAACGCUUCACCAAUUCUCCAGAGUGCACGAUAAGAAAUUGGUCAUUGUGACACUCUGUUCAUUAUUGAAUUUACCGAAUGAAAAUGUACCAGGAUCACUCCAAGCGGCUUGGCCGCAUAUACUUUUACAUAUUGCAAAAGUAUUUCAAACUUUACCUGAAGCUAUUGACAACCGUGAGCAAUUGUUAAAAGAAGGAAACGAAGAUGCAGAGGAAACUGAAGACGACGAAGUAGAAGCGGACGAACAAGAACUAGAGGAAAGUGCAGAGACCCCAGAAGAGGGAGCAACUGAAAAUGACGAAGAUGAUGAUGUAGUUGAGGAUGAGGAUGCCGAAUACCUUGAAUUUUUAGCACAAAGAGCAACUCAUAAUGGUAAUCGACAAGAGAAAUUUACGGUCGAUAGUAUGAAAAACCAACAACAACAACAACAACAACAACAACAACAACAAGAGGAAGAAGAGCUACAGGAAGACGUGACAUACCAAUCACCACUUGACGACAUCAACCCCUAUUUCAUCUUUGAGGAAGCAAUCAAAGGCUUACAACAACAGAAUCCUGGUCUGUACAUGCACAUUACCAAAAGCCUCAAUGAGGAACAGCGGAAUUUUAUAAUGUCAAUUAUCAAUACAGCUGAACAACAGCGGCAAAAUGGUUCAAAUGAAUGAUAAGGAAAAAAUAUUAUACUGUAUCAAACAUUCCCCAUUAUUUCAACGUUAUAAAUAAAUUGUCAUUGGCUCAUGAGCAGCAACAGUGCGCUUCUGUUAUUUUGCUAGUGUUACUGUCCUACGCCCUGAUGGCUAUCACCAUCUUUUUUGUUUUCUCCCAUCUACUUUAUUCUAGAAAGCCAGAUUGCAGUACAUUGCUUAUUGGAAGCACUGUAUACAAUCCUAGAAGAGAACUAUAUCCAUUCAUUCAUCUAUUAUCC